AUGGAGGUGAUGACAUCACAGCCUAAAUCAUUUGCACCCAAAGACUUUCAGACGGACUUAAUGAGCUGUUGUGAUGACAUGAGUGUGUGUUGUUGUGGCAUCUUCUGCCUCCCCUGUUUGGGCUGUUCCAUUGCUAAGGACAUGAAUGAGUGCUGUGCAUGUGGUUUAGGCAUGCCGAUCAGAAGUGUAUACCGUACUAAAUACAACAUCCCGGGUUCCAUGUGUAAUGACUUUAUCGUCACUUACUUCUGCUCGUGUUGUGCGACCUGUCAGCUGAAGAGAGACAUUGACAUUAGGAAGCGAAAUGGAGAAUUCUGA